AUGGACUCACGGCUAUCACACCCUCGCCAAAUACAAGCACAGCUCCAGGCACUCGGCGACGAAAUACUGAGCAUCCGUGAAGAACACGAUGGUCACAUUGUAGCGCUAAGCCAGCGUCUGCAACAAGCGGAGAGCCGCCAGCGACAACUCCUACAUCAGCUCCCCAUUGCUACGAACCGCUUUGCUGGACCUUCUGAGAGUAGCCAUAGUGGUUACUCGAGUUCGACUGCCAACCUAGAUAAUCCUCUCCCUCUCCCGGAGUCUCUGAUCGGUACUAUUCGCAUCGCAACGCCUCCACGAGCACAUACCGGUGGCGCCACGAGUAACGAUAGUCGCCCACCCCCUGCUCAGUUGGUGGAUGCGAAUGCUACACCACGCCCCCAAAAAGCCGCUCUCCCAUUGAACCCAGUUCGCCCUCAGCAGCCGGUCAUUGGUAGUAAAGACAACGCAGCUUAUCUUCCUAUGGUCAUCGAGAAUAUCGUGGCCGAACACCGCCGCCACAAACGUGAGGGCACCUUGAGAUCUUGCGGAUUUGUUCUUACAGAAGGCCGGGCCAACGAUGUCAAAUGCUCUCAAGACUCUUUUCAUAUACCCUGCUUCCGUGCCAACCACUUUUACUAUUGCCGACAACACAUGCGUGUCAUCCCCAGUGAGAAGACGGUUUGUAGUCAUAGAAAUAAGCAGGAUUGCUUGGUGGUGGCAUUUGAAGAUCGCGAUGACUGGGACCUGAUCAUGGAUGCUGCACUCGCAGCAGGCAACCUUGGCAACAAAGGAGUGGAUGCCGAGGAUCUGAUGGAGGCUUUCUUCCCUCCUCAGGACUACUCUCAUCGAUACAUGAGCGCCCAUGGCUGAUUUGAAAGAAGAUGCAGUACCAGGCGCUGUGAGAAGAGUUGUAAGGCGAGAAAGGGCAGAGGAACAGUUCCAGCG